UAGGCUAGCCAUGAAUUCGAAGAGCUUCAGCGCUGAAGUUGUGGAGAUGGGCCUUUGUUGCCGAGGGCAGCAACAUUCUCCGGAUCCCCGGUUUUUCCGAAGGCACAGGUACCAGGCCAAGAGGAAACUGAGACUGUCGCGAAUUGUGGGUUUUUGUCUCGGUUUAAUGGCUCUCAGCGCGUUCUCGAUCUUAUUCCGUGCCUUUGCCUGGACAUCAACUAAUACAGCAAAACCACAGGUCCAACGCAGAACUCUACUGGGGUUCGAGGAAAAGCAGAAAAUAUUCAAGCUUCAAAAUUUUACCGCCAGGUCCGAACUCGCUUUGAGGUACGAAGUGGCGGCAGCCACGUCCCCUGAGAAUAAUAGCGCCAACGCUGGAGACUAUCCUAGAGAUAUUUUUUCACUGGAGCAACGAAGGAAAGGAGCUGUCGUGCUCUACAUCAUUGGCAUGAUUUACAUGUUUAUAGCCUUAGCCAUUGUGUGCGAUGAGUUUUUUGUACCGUCAUUGACAGUAAUCAUUGAUAAACUGAAAAUAUUGGAUGAUGUGGCGGGGGCAACUUUUAUGGCAGCUGGUGGAUCAGCUCCAGAGCUCUUCACUUCCUUAAUAGGAGUUUUUAUAUCUCACAGCAACGUUGGGAUUGGGACCAUAGUGGGUUCUGCAGUGUUCAACAUCCUGUUUGUAAUCGGAAUGUGUGCUGUAUUCUCCAAAGAAAUUUUGCACCUUACCUGGUGGCCACUGUUCAGAGAUGUGACCUUUUAUAUUAUUGACCUAAUUUUACUUAUUGUGUUCUUCCUGGAUAACGACAUAUUUUGGUGGGAGAGUCUGAUUUUGUUGUUAGGCUAUGGAUGCUAUGUGACCUUCAUGAAGUUCAACGUCAAGAUAGAAAAAUGGGUGAAAACAAAACUAAACAGGAACAAAGUAGUAGAAGCCACAGCAACAGACGGCGACGAAAAGUCUUCAACAUCCAGGGAUAGUGAUACAGAACCACUGGAUCCCAAGCCACGUCUGCAGCGGGGUGGGAGCUCGGCUUCACUGCACAACACACUCAUGAGGAACAGUAUCUUUCAGCUAAUGAUCAACACCCUGGAUCCACUGGCUGAAGAACUUGGAGCAUAUGGAAAACUUAAAUAUUAUGACUCAAUGACUGAAGAAGGUAAAUUCCGUCAUAGAGCUUCAAUACUUCACAAACUGGCCAAAAACAAAUGCAAUGUGGAUGAUGGUGAGAAGCCUAAUAGAACUCCUAAUCACACAGAUAAAGUAGAGCUGCCGAAUACAGCCAACGUAGAAGUUGAAGUGACACCUCCAAAAGAUCCUCCUCCACCAUUACAGAAUGGAAGCCUACCCAAUGGAGCAGAGGCUGCUGAAGUUACCACACAGAAUGAAGAUGAAGAUAAGCCGCUUAGUUUGGCCUGGCCAGAUACAGCACGUAAACGAAUUAUCUUUCUAGUUAUACUGCCUAUUGUGUUCCUAUUGUGGUUAACCUUGCCUGACGUUAGGAAGAAGAGCUCCAGGAAAUUUUUUGUAAUUUCCUUCUUUGGAUCAAUCACCUGGAUUGCAGGCUUUUCCUAUCUAAUGGUCUGGUGGGCUCACCAGGUUGGGGAGACUAUUGGGAUCACCGAAGAGAUCAUGGGAUUGACGAUUUUAGCAGCAGGCACUUCAAUUCCUGACCUAAUCACAAGUGUAAUUGUUGCGCGGAAGGGACUUGGUGAUAUGGCAGUGUCCAGCUCAGUUGGAAGCAAUAUAUUUGACAUUACAGUUGGCUUGCCCCUGCCGUGGCUCCUGAAAGCCUUCACCACCAACUUUCGCCCUGUCCAAGUCAGCAGCAAUGGUUUGUUCUGUGCUAUUGUCCUUCUUUUCAUCAUGCUCCUCUUCGUCAUCCUUUCAAUUGGAGCCUGCAAAUGGAAAAUGAAUAAAGCUCUUGGUUUGAUCAUGUUUGGAUUAUACAUUGUGUUUCUGAUCGUCGCUGUUCUGUUGGAAGAGAAGAUCAUUGUGUGCCCUGUUACAGUGUGAGCUUCACAACUGCACACGUUUUCUCAAUUAGAGGUACAGAUGGGAAAAUGAUAACUCAUUUUGCUCACUGCAGCUUUGUUUUAUUUUCCAGACCGACUCAGCUGGCAUAUGUAAUUUAAUGGUGAAUGAAAAAGUAAUACUAAAAAUUAGCAACUUUUUUUUACUUGAUUGGUUAACUUUCUGACCUCAUUUCAAGCAAAUGAAUAAAGUUGAUGUUUGUGUCUUGGAGAGAUUUACACUUUCUGGGAUUUCACUGAAUUACUCUGAUGUCUAUGAAAAGACUACUGCCCAAUUUGGUUAAAGACCCCUUAAGAAGAUUUAUUUGAAUAUCUUUUUUGUUGUUACAUGAAAUUCAGUGGGAGAUUUUUUCUGCCAGAUUUUCAAUAUUGAAAAAAAUCACAUUAAUAUUUCAAAAUGACUGGUGUGAAUUAAUUUAUUUUUGAAAAGAAAAUGGUGCAUUAAACUGAUUUUGAGGGUGUCUUCUGGGUUUUGGGGGUUCUUCUAGACAGUUAGCCAAAUUUGCCUGUUCUUCAGGUACUAUAAAUCAGAUUAGUGCUGGAGAUGUAAUGAUUGCUACAGUCACUUCUGUAAGUUUUUUUGCGCAUCUAUUAAGCCAUUACAUAAUUUUAUGUUUUAAUUUUUAAUGUAUUUUUUCUGUAGCUUAGCACCACAUUUCUAAUCACCAGUACAAUUUAUGAAUAAAAUAAUGAAGCUGCUAUAGAUUGAAUUUGCUUUCAAGUACCUGAAUCAGAUGUGAACGGCAAGAUUAAGGUCAUAGAGCUAUUAAUCUGUUGUUAAGGUUGUAGCUAUUUAUCCAUUAUAUAUAACAUUAUUGCUUUGCUGCUUUGACUCAAACCAAAAUCAAGUCGCUGACAUUCUGCCAUAUUGUGGAAGUAACACCUUAGGGCCUGUAGAUUAUUUCUGCACUUUACUUAAACAAUUAUGGAUAGACAUAAUUGUAUGUUUUCUUUAUCCAUUAUACUUCUUUUUUUAAGACCUUGAUAUAGAUUCAAAUUAAACCUGAUGUGUAGCUAGUUAAAAUGCCUUUCAUUGAGUUAGAUAUUUUAGUUUAAUCCCUAAAUGUGACUGUUUUUUAAAAAGUCUACAUUCCUCAGUAUUUGUAAUUAGGUUUCAUAUGCAUCAGCAAAGCACAAGUACAGUGAUGAAUUCAGUUGCUAAUGCAUUGCAGAAGAGUUUUCUGUGUAAGAUCUUUGUACAGAUCUCCACAUUUUCCUCUCACUGUGUAAGCUUUGUGCAGUAUUUACAGGGAAAUUCUAACACUGGUGAAAGGUGUGGCAUGCCAAUCAGCAUUUUGCCCUCAUGAUUUCACAUCUAAUAUAGGUCUUCACUCUUAAUGCUACUGUUUCCAGCUUUAUAUAAUAUGGUCAAUAUACAGAUUGAGUAAAUGGGGAAAUAUUAUAAAGGUGUGUUUUUAAUAAAUCUAUAUAUAAAUAUACAGGAUAAAUAUAUAUAUAUAAAUAUUUAAUUAUCUAGGGCUUUUUAAUGUUAACGUUCAGCAGAUAUUCAAAUAGUUUGGAUUCAAUAGAUUUAUUUACAGCUGUCAAUAAAAAUUAAUACAGCAAUAAUCUCACUUGGAUGGAUACUUAAGUCCAUGCUUGAACUGAUGAUGGCCAUAAUGAAUGUAAUGAAAUGACAUAGGAUUAUUGUCAAUCUUGGGACAAUAUGUGCAAUGUGAUGUUUGUCUGAUGUUCUUGCAGGCAAAAGAAGCUGUGUGUACUCUUCAAAAGCAUUAAUCAAAGCAAUGAUUAUUUAAACAUGAAUGCAGAUAAAACACAAGAGAAAUAAUAAAUAUACACUCAUAUUUUCACAUUAUAUCUAUUAAACUCUUAACAUUUAGUCUUAACAUAAUAUCUUCUGAUUACCUAUUUCAAACUACAGAGACUGCUGCUCACUUUGUCCUGUCAAUGGUACUCAGCUGCCACCAUGACAAAAACAAGAUGGAAGUGAAAAAGAGGAUAUUUUACUGUACCCUUAGACAGCUAUGGCAUGUUACUUUAAUAUUCUUGUGGUUAGAGGUGAUUUUAAAAACUAUUUCAGGAGGUUAUCUCACUAGAAUCUAUUGCUGAGAUCAAAUUAAUCAUUCUUAUGUGAUAGUAAAAGGGAAUUAAAAUUAUCCACUGUUAUUAUGAACAUUGUUGUGUUUUGGACGGGAAUCUCAAUUCUAUAAACUUUGUCUUUAUUUAUUUAUUUUAUACCCUUGACCACCUCUCGUGAUUGAUUUCACCCAUUUGGGUUCAUUAUUGGGAGUAGUAAUAUUCUGUGGCCUCUCAAUCUUCACUUCUGUGCUAAAAAGAUAACACAGUACCACAACAGUGAUUAUACUCCCAUGCUGUGAAGUCCAUAUUCCUCGUUCUAGUAACUCCUCUUCAGGUGCCCUACAGUUGAAACAGCUUUUUAAGUUCAUAUUUUAUGCAAACAUAGGUAGAAAUUUCUGUAGGCUUGUUUUAAUUAUCAGGUGUGCAUCUUAACCAAGAGAUGCAAGACCAAUAAAAAUUGAACCUCAGUCCUCUCAAUUCAGUGAAUCUAUUUUAAGGGAAAAAAUAAUAUUAUUCAAUAGCUUCACUAGCAAUAGUAAAUUCCAAUUCUUAAGGAUAGUGGGAAUGAAAAAAAGAUAAUCUACUGUCAAGAUAGUAAUACAUUCCAAUAUUAAAUGAAUAUUUCAGUAACAUAUGCCAACAAAAAAUAUCCUGGUUUGAACAGGUCUGGCUUGUCACUAUCAAUUUUUUGUCACAGAAUCAAUGAAUGAAGAAUGGCUUUUUUAUUUGUAUAUUUAAGAAAAACAUUUUUUAUAGGUGGCUGUCAUGGUUACCUGAAAAAAUAAUCCAGACUAAAUGUCUUUAGGCUUACUUUGUACAUAGUAAUACAAUCCCCAGAUUGGCACUCAAUGCAGCCAUUUUACACCUUGCGUUGUAAACCAAAUUCUUCCUCAAAGGAUCACUUUACUUUAUUUAGGCAAUAAGUAGAUAAUGUUCAUAAAUAUCAUGAGAGCUCACUUCACGUCAUCUCACAAACCCUUUCAUUAGGUAGAAUUUUACCAGUUGAUUGAAUUAUAAAAGGAUUUAAAAUUAUUCAAAAGAUAAAAGUUAUCCAAAUAAUAACAUGCUAAAAGAAGCUGGAAUUAAGUUAUUUCAUGAAUGCAGAUUUUUAAUCUAUUAGUUGUCUCUCCUUCAGAGUAUCUCUGCCACCUGCCCCACCAAAGUCCCUUAUCCAGCCACUAUUUAUUUCAGGCUCCACAGAAAAUUAUGGCUACAGGACUUGGCAGAUUGCAUCAUUUAAAUGCUGCAUGGGGCCAGUUAAUAAGAGACUGGAGAAAUGGCUUAACCAUUGCUCCAUGUGCCAGGUCUUUGUCUAAUGAUUCCUCUAAGUAAUAAGCCCAAGAUUGUGAACUCAUCAGUGUGCAAACACACAUCUGAUUUUAUUAGCAAUGUAGUUCAAUUGCAUGGUUUUUUAUAAAAAUUGCAUAUUAUUUUAGAUACUUGUAGACAGCAAAAUCAGUGAAUCAAAAAUCAUUGAAUCAGAAACUAUGCUCUCUUGAUCAAACUUAAUAUUUAAUACUUUAAAGGCUGUAUAGUUGAGGACUUUCUACAGUGAGGUACUUGCAAAUAUUAUGAGGGGUUUCACUGAUUACAAACAAGAUGCACUCAGUGGGUGGUGAUCAGCACAAAUCAGUCCAAAAAGUUUUAAAUCACUGUGAAGAUGCAACUGAUUAAAUGCUAUAAUUACUUUUUUUUUGCAACUUUGUGAUCAUUUCCUCCUUUACCUCAAUAAAUAAGAGCCUUUUAUGAGCUUGGACUUGGUUAAGUGAAUCACUGAUUCUAUAAAGGUUGCAUUGCUUGGGUUGACAAUAUUAAAUUAAUUAUUUAUUGACAGCAGUAAAUUAACAGAACAGAAAUAAGCUAACAAUGACAUAAAUACUUUGAAUCUCUUACACUACCCCACAGUAAUUUUUGGCAAACCAGUAAUUAUUAUAUCGGCUGCUUGUUAAUGUUUCCAAAUAGAUUUCAACCUCUGCGUCUGACCACUCACUUGUAUUUCUGAAUGUACUGCAUGAAAAUUAAAUAGUGAUGUUUAACAAAACCAUUUCUGCACAGAAUGACGUUUCUAAAUGAAGAAUAUGUGAUGCAAAUUUCAUCCAUCAAACUUCAAUAUAUAGUGUCUGGAUUUAUUAUAAACUCCUUAUCUUUGUGCCAGGACACCAGUGGGUACAGUCUGAGUUAUGAAGGAUCAGUUCCAAAUUCAAUAGGUAGAGUAACCUCAGAUCUCACCAUACUUGAAAAGAACUCCAUUAGAAUUUGUAUCAUGCUUGCAUGCUAACAAUAUGGCAUGUAAGCAAUGGGUCCUCUGAACAGUCACCAAGAAUUUUAAAUAUGUUUUGAAAUAUAAUAAAUGGAUAAAGAUUUGAAAAUGCUGUGAUCUAAUGUCUGGUGGGAAACCUUACAAAUGUGUUUUAAAGGUAACUACUACUUAUAGAGGCACAUAAAUAACCUUUAUUAAGCACUGUAGAGCACUUAUGUAAAAAGAUAAGUUGGGCUGAAAUGUGCAUGUCUUUUUAAUGAUGCAUACAUCAGUUUGGGGAAUUAAAACAUAAUGUUUCAUUAGGAAAACUCAUCGGCGUUGUGCAUCAAUGAAAAAUGUUUCAAAUUUGCUUCUCCUAUAUCUGAAGCAAAGCAAUAUUUGACUGCAAUAUUUUAAUGGUAACUGUCUGUUCUCAUAUAGUCAAUACAUCAGUGAGUAUCUGCCAAUAUGCCUGGAGAUUAUAGCUAAUCUAUAGGUUUAAGAUUUUAUUUUUCUCAUUAAUACAUGUCAUAUAGAAGAUAUAUUUCUCCUUUAAUAAUAAUAAAUAACAAUCUGUAAAUGCUGAAAACCUGAAAUAAGUUUUGAAAUAUGCAGCAACUGAAAAGACAGGUUUAUGUUACAAGUGGAUGAUUUCCAUCAAUAUAAACAUUAAUUCGUCUUUUUUUCUCAAAUUGCUGAUUAUGCUGUGUUAUUUGCUUUUUUUUGUCACAAGUUAUAUUUACCUCAUGGGGAAGUUUUACAAACAGGCCAGAGUUCCUAGCAAUGCCAAAAGUAACAAAGUAUGAUACCCCUUUUGACACUUAUUAGCUACCUGAUUGUUUUGUAACCAGAGGAAAGAUUAUAUCUGUUAUAACACAAAGUUCAGCAUCCUAUUUUUUAAUGUACACAAAUAGUACAGCAACAUGUGCACUCCCUUCUGUUUACUUGCCUCAUAAAUUGCCUUGUAGUGCAAUUUCUUAAACAACCUUUAACCUUUGAUUCUGUCUCAACACCCUGUAAUCUUCCCUAAUAUUAAUUAUAAACACUCUGCACAUUGGCUUUGCAGUAACCAAUGCAAUUUGAGUUGAUAUUCAAAUAUUGAUUACUAACAACAGGAUGUGACAUGCAUAAUUUCAAAAUACUGACUAAAGCAUAGGCUAGAAGUCAAAUGUACUGUACUGUGUAUUGAUGUAGUCCUCAUUACCAAGCUCAUUAACAGUAGUGCAUAACUGUAUAUAGUAAGAAAAUAUUUGUACAUAAUCUAUUUAAAAUGUAUCUUAAUGGCUUUCUGAUCAGAACUUUGUUCUUGCACUAUUGUUAUUGUUAUCGCUGUGUCUGUAAGGUUUCUCCAC